AUAAAAUGACAGGCUUGGCUUGUUCAUGGUAUGUGACCAAUUAUAUUGACUAUCUUUGUUAAUUGAUCGUUCACCAGCAAGGCAAAUACUUACUGCAGUACUGUAGAUUUUAGAGGCAGCAGUUUUGGAAGACAACCUGUCCAUUCCUCCAUCUCACUUUCAGCUGCAGGGUAUCUACGAGACUCUUUCCCAUCAAAUAUGUCAGGUAUUACUUUACAGGAUAUGUCAAGGGGGGCUGGAGCUAAUGAAAUAGUUGAGAGAGGAGACUGUUCAGACAACACAGGGCAAGAGAGGGAGGAUGAUUAUCCGAAAUUAGUCAAGGCUGUGCAAAGUAGUGAUUGGGAAACUGCAAGAGAUUUCCUCAAGCUCCACCCUGCUGCAUCGACAACAAGAAUUACUCUUCGGGGUGGGACGGUUCUUCACGCUGCUGUUGAAGCUGAACAAGAAUGUAUAGUGGAGGAGUUGGUCAAUAUGAUUUCGGAACAUGAUUUGGCAACGCAAGACGAUUUCAACAAUACAGCUCUACAUGAUGUAAGUAUUAAUGGGAAUCACCGGAUGGCAGAGUACCUGAUUACAAAGAACAAGAGCUUGGUUAGCGUUAGAAAUAGUGACGGAGAUCUUCCAGUUACUAGGGCCAUGGGCUUUGGGCAUAAAGAAUUGGGUCGCUAUCUCUAUUCUCAAACUCCAUUUAAAGAUUUGGAGGCAGAACAAGACCGCGAUGGUGCUUCACUUCUUAUCUGCUCUAUCUAUAACAGAGAUUUAGAUAUGGCUUUGGAUUUAAUGAAGCAUUGUCCUCGUUUGGCUUUUGCCUUGGGCCGAAGAAAAAUCUCCCCUUUGAAUGUACUGGCUGUUUCAACUGAAGCAUUCGAGAGUGAAAAUCGGCUGGUGUUUUGGAAACGAUGGAUCUAUAAUCGUAUAAACAUUUCAUUAGAUCGUGCUGCCGAUCAAUUCCGUUUGAACAUUCAAAAUUAUCAAGAAGAAACUAUCGGAUCAGGUAUACAUGAUAAUGACAUAAUCUCAAGUGUUGGUGCUACCGGAUUAGUGCGAGCUGAUCAUCUGUGGCGCCAACUAAUUUCAAGUCUCUUGAACCUUUUUGGAUUCAAGCGUUUAUAUGAAAUGAAGUUGGUACAAGCUCAAUUCCAACAACUUCUGUCUCGUAUGUGUGAAGCGAUAGCAACUAUUACAAGUCCAAAAAAGCAAUAUGAUAUUACUAGUCCACUAAUCAAACUUGCUAUCAGUAGAGGGAACUUCGAAUUUGUUUGUCAGAUACUCAAAGCAAAUUCUAGUCUUCUGAGUAUCUGUGAUGCUACUGAAGGAAGGGCCGUGUUCCAAUGGGCCGUCGUGUAUCGUCAACAUAAGAUCUUUAGCCUAGCAUACAACUUAAAAAUGAGGAAUUAUCUACUACGUACAGUAGAUAAUUUCAAGAAUACCAUGUUGCAUCUGGCAGGAACGUUACCAAAAUAUUCUCCUAUCGAUCACAUAAGAGGUGCAGCUUUGCAAAUGCAAAGAGAAGUUCAAUGGUUUAAGGAGGUGGAACGCAUUAGCCCUCUCUCUCAUAAGGACUAUUUAAACAAAGCCGGUUUGACUCCCAACCAAUUGUUUACGAAAGAACACCAAAAUUUGAGAAAAGAGGGAGAAAAAUGGAUGAAGGGUACUGCAACUUCUUGUACUGUGGUUGGCGCUCUCAUCAUUACCAUUAUGUUCACGGCAGCAUUUACCACUCCCGGUGGUAACGACCAAGAUACUGGCUUGCCAAUCCUCGUGCAUGACAAACUAUUUAAACUCUUUAUAGUAACUGAUUCUCUCUCGCUAUUUUCUUCCACGACUUCGGUAUUAAUGUUUUUGGGAAUCCUCACAUCACGUUAUGCAGAAGAAGACUUUCUUAGAUCCUUGCCCAGAAAGAUGAUUAUAGGCCUUUCCGCUCUCUUCUUCUCUAUUGCAACCAUGAUGAUAGCAUUUUCUGCUGCUCUUUUACUUAUGUUACGUGGAAAAUAUUGGAUCGCCGUUCCUAUCAUUGGUUUGGCUGGUAUUCCCAUUAUUCUAUUUGUAUUGAUGCAAUUUCGUCUUCUUAUUGACAUGCUUGUAUCAACCUAUGGAUCAGGCAUCUUUGAUAGGAAAAUGAAGCCUAGGUUUUGAAUUUUUACCUUAAUUGUUAUAAUGUUGUAUUGAUAUAUGGCAAAGUAAGCAAAAUUUAUGACUAUUUUUUAUUGGGACAAAUAGCUUAACUUAUGUCGCAUAUUUUGUUAUUCCUAUUUUA